AAAACAACACUUGAGUCGAGUAGAAGCAGUUAUUGUGUCUGAGUUGCAGGGGGCGACAGAGAACAAAAACACACUUUCAACCAGCGAAGAAGAAAACGUCAACAAGAAGCAGGCGGAGCUGCAGCUAAAGGUCUCCAGCAUGGCGGGCCGACGGGCUCUGAAGGCCGUGCUCAUCGACCUGAGUGGAACUCUACAUAUAGAAGACACAGCAGUGCCUGGAGCACAGGAGGCCCUUAACAGGUUACGACAGGCAUCUGUAGCUGUGAAGUUUGUGACCAACACAACAAAGGAGAGCAAAAGGAACUUACUGGAACGACUGCAGCGUCUCAACUUUGACCUCCAGGAAAAAGAGAUCUUCACUUCACUGAGUGCAGCGAGGAGUUUGUUGGAGCAGAAACAACACAGGCCACUGCUGCUGGUGGAGGACAGUGCACUGGAAGACUUUACUGGUAUUGACACGACAGAGCCAAACGCAGUCGUCAUUGGACUAGCUCCUGAUCAUUUCAACUACCAAACACUGAACAAGGCUUUCAGAAUGAUUCUGGAUGGAGCUCCUCUCAUUGCCAUCCACAAGGCUCGGUACUACAAACGUAAGGAUGGGUUGGCGCUGGGCCCUGGGCCCUUUGUGACAGGACUUGAGUACGCCACAGACUGUAAAGCUACUGUGGUGGGGAAGCCGGAAAAAACUUUUUUCAAUCAGGCUCUGUCUGAUUUAGGAUGUAGCCCAAAUGAAGCUGUCAUGAUUGGAGAUGAUGCCAGAGACGAUGUAGGUGGGGCGCAGAACACAGGAAUGUUGGGAAUUCUUGUCAGAACCGGUAAAUACAGGGAAGGAGAUGAGAAUAAAAUCAACCCUCCUCCACAUUUGACAUGUGACAGUUUCCCAGACGCUGUUGAACACAUCCUGAAGAACCUGCUAUAAGCUAUUAGAAACAACAGAACUCCAUGUUUAUUUUGUCAAAAACCUUUGAUUUGCACAAGAAAACUCACAGCUGUAGACCGUUUUAACUCCUUAUCCAGUCAGCCUGAUUAAAGGAAAACUAACUAUAUUGAAAUGUGGGACUACAUUCUCUCCAUAGGACCACGGUAUUAAAAGUACAGCAUGCA